ACUGUGAUGGGACUAUCAGCUCCAUAAGAUUUUGACACUUUUGGACUUUCGGGGAAGGUCUUUCAAACAUUUAUCCAUAAACGGGUCACAUUAGGGAUUCGGACAUAAUUUUCAUCAAAAUACUUGUACUGAUCCUCAGAUUGGAAGAAUCGCUUCACAGUCUUCAGCAAAGUUGUUUCAAACGAGCAAUUAGCUCGUGAGGUAAAAGUUUUGAAAAGAUUGAAAGAUGUUGAAGGGAUCGAACCAAAUCAUUGGUCAUGAUCAAGGGCGCCCAUUUUUACGGCAAUCUUAUGAAAUUCAAAUGUCCGAAAAAGGUACAACUGAUAAGGCACGCGCGUUAUCACUAAAACUGCUGGUAGCAUAUAUUUAGCCCCGCCAAGUUCCAUUCGACGUUUAGUCAAUCGAUAACAUUCAAACAUCUCCCAACACAAUGGAUCGCUGGGAGGGUAAGGUCGCCGUCGUAACCGGUGCCAGCUCGGGAAUCGGAGCGGCUACCGCCAAGGCACUGGCCAAUGCCGGCAUGACCGUGGUCGGGCUGGCACGCCGUUUGGAACGGGUCAAGGCGUUGAAAGACGAGCUGGAGGGACCGGCGAGGGGUCGUCUGUACGCGGCCAAGUGCGACGUGUCGAAGGAGGAGGAAAUCGUUAAAACUUUUGCUUGGAUCGAGGAACAGUUUGGGGGCGUGGACGUGCUGGUGAACAACGCGGGGAUCUUCCGACACACCAAGUUGGUUGAAGCGGACAACUCGGAGAAGUUGCGGGAGGUGAUCGAUACCAAUGUGAUGGGACUGGUGUUCUGUACGCGGGAGGCGUUCCAGUCGAUGAAGAAGCGAUCGGUUGACGGACACAUUGUUCAUAUUAACAGCGUGGCAGGGCAUAAAGCAAGUUUACCCAACACGAACAUCUACGCGGCGUCCAAGUUUGCCGUUACGGCGCUCACGGAGACCAUGCGGUUGGAGUUUAAAACGGAGGGAACCAAGAUCAAAGUAACCAGUAUUAGCCCGGGUGCAGUUCGGACGGAGAUCCUUCCAGAGGCCAUCAUCAAUUCUGGAAUUCCAUUGCUGGAAGCCGAGGACAUUGCCGAAGCCGUUCUUUACGUCGUCGGAACGCCACCCCGGGUGCAAGUUCACGAGUUGACGAUUAAACCAGUAUGUGAAAGCUUUUAAUCUGGAAUAAUA